CUUCCCUCGAUCAAGAACAAAAGAUUGCAAUUUUCACCAUGCCGUUCGUCAACAAGAAGCGCAAGGUCUCCGCAAGACCGAAGAAAGUGCAAGAUGAUAGUGCUUCCGACUCAGAAUCCUCCCCCGCCCCAAAAUCAGCCGAGAAUUCCGCAUCCGCAGAUCUAGAACAAACGACCAAAACUUUCAAAGAGCUCGGAAUCAUUGACCAGCUAUGCGAGGCCUGCGAGAACAUGGGCUACAAGGCCCCUUCCCCCAUUCAAGCGGAAACCAUUCCGCUGGCCCUAUCGGGUCGUGAUGUGAUCGGUCUUGCAGAAACAGGAAGUGGAAAGACCGCGGCUUUUGCGCUUCCUAUGCUUCAAGCCCUUAUGGAAUCGCCCCAGACGCUUUUCGGUCUCGUUCUUUCUCCUACACGUGAACUGGCUUAUCAGAUUUCUCAAAAUUUCGAAUCCCUGGGGUCUACGAUUGGCGUCCGAUGCGCCGUCAUUGUUGGAGGUAUGGAUAUGGUUGCGCAGAGUAUAGCCCUAGGGAAGAAACCGCAUAUUAUCGUUGCGACGCCUGGACGAUUAGUCGACCAUCUCGAAAACACAAAGGGGUUCUCUCUUCGGAACCUGAAAUACCUCGCCAUCGACGAAGCGGACCGGCUGUUGGAUAUGGACUUUGGUGACUCGCUCGACAAGAUUCUCAAAGUCUUACCUCGAGAACGUCGGACCUAUCUCUUUUCUGCUACGAUGUCGUCAAAAGUUGAAUCCCUUCAACGCGCAUCCCUCUCCAACCCCGUCCGCGUCUCCGUCUCAAGCAAAUACCAAACCGUCUCAACCCUCCAAGCAUCCUAUCUCCUCCUCCCUCACAAGCACAAAAAUCUUUAUCUGGUCUAUAUAUUGAACGAAUUCGCCGGAAAAUCUGUCAUAAUCUUCACGACAACCGUGCACGAAACUCAACGCGUCGCCUUCAUGCUCCGCACUCUCGGCUUCGGCGCCAUCCCGCUGCACGGCCAACUCUCACAAACCGCGCGCCUCGGCGCUCUGAACAAAUUCCGAUCGGGGAGCAGAGACAUCCUCGUCGCCACGGACGUUGCUGCCCGCGGUCUCGAUAUUCCCUCCGUUGACGUCGUCUUGAACUUCGAUUUGCCUACAGACUCAAAAACGUACAUCCACCGCGUGGGACGAACUGCUCGCGCUGGAAAGAGCGGUGUAGCGGUUAGUUUUGUCAGUCAGUAUGAUUUCGAGGUGUACAUGAGGAUUGAGUAUGCCUUGGGGAAGAAGUUGCCGGAAUACGAGGUUGACAAGGAGGAGGUUAUGGUUAUGGCGGAGAGGGAUAAUGAGGCGCAGAGGCAGGCUGUUAUCGAGAUGAAGAGCUUCGACGAGAAGAGGGGAAGUCGGGGGAAGAACAAGUUUGGGAAAGGGAAGCGCUCGAGGGAUGAUAUGGAUCAGGAGGAGGGCUAGUGCUUUCUAUUUGUUUGAGAUGCUGUUAUCAUGUUGCAAAAGUUGAGCGUUAAAAUUGCAUACCCAUAUUUACUACUUCUUGGUGGUUCUGUGUUUUUCAUGACGAAUGACAAAUUAUGGUUGACAAUAAUACUUUAUAUUAUAAUGUAUGGCAUGAUAAAAUGUUCAGAUCGUCAAUAGUCAUCAUUAAAGUUUUUUUCGACGAGAGCCAAGUUACUUUUUGGACUCCUACAUUGCCAAUAUAGUUCUAGACUACUGAAUGACUUCCUUGGUCCCGGCCUCGCGAACCGCAUUAGCAACGCGGGUGGCAAGAUCGUCCGCCUCGGAUCGGCUGGCCGCCUCAGCGUAAACACGCACGGCGUCCUCUGUGCCACUGGCACGUGCAAAACUCCUGCCCUUGUUGUAUCGGGAUUGCAGCGAUUCGAUCUUAGUCUGGAGACCGGGAGGUGACGAGAGCUUGCGCUCAGCAUCGUAAGCCUUGAAGAUUGACCGAUCAGCGACCUCCACGCGAACAAGGCGGGACGGGAGAUCGGUAUAGGUGGCUAGCCAUUCCUUCGGAGUCCAGCCCUUGUGAGCGAGGAUGGUCUCAACAAGGAGCAUGUCGCUGAGGGCGUCACCGACAGCCUGGUUAAUCAGGUCGGUAAGGGCAUCGAGGCUCUCAAGAGAGCGCUGCUGAGCUGGGGACUGGGGCUCGGUGUUUUUAAUAGUCUUGAGGGCGUUCUCGGAGAAGGUAAUCGUGCCGUGUCCGUUGGCUUCGAAGUAGACACCGACAUCGAACCGCAGAGCGGCGUGGUGAAGGUGCUUGACGCCGGUGUUUGUGCAGUCCGAGGGAAGUUUGAGGACUUUCUCGAUGUAGUCGGUACUGGAACCGUUGGCGUAGGCGGUUUGAAUGACACCGAUCUUGAGCUUGUUCGCGAUCCCCGCACUCCGAGCAAGAUCGCCGAUAAAUGAGGCUGCGAGAGUGGCAAUGCGGUCACCAUCAAGCAUCCGGAAAACGUUGCUCUCAUCCAUGAAAUAGUAGAUGAUUCGAUCAGCGUCACCAUCUAGCGAGGCACAGCGUUCAAGAACGCCCGCUUUCGAUGAAGGAGGAGCGCGCUGUUUCGUCUUGACAUAAUCGGCACCACACUAAACAAUUGUUAGGACUGAUAUCAAAGGGAACCAGUCGGGUGUCCUACCUCGAAGUUUAAGCUAUCGGGAUUAAUCACGUCAUCGUUCACGAUUUUGAUGUCGAUGCCACCUUCCUCAGGGCUGGGCAGGUACUUGAUGAGCUCUCUAAGUUUUGGACCGCCGACACCAUUGGCGCAAUCAACAGUCAGAGCUCCAUUGACCUUGACGCCCCGCAUGACUCUCUUGAAAGCUGCGGCAAGUUUCUCAUAGUAGCCCUGCUCAGUAGGCUCGCCGUAUUCGUAUUGAGUACCCAGGGUGUUCUUGCAGCGGACAACAUAGUGGAGUUGAGGAGUGGUCAUGAAUUUCAAAUCAACAAACUCGACCUGCGUGGCGGUAAGAGCAGCACCAAGUACCCCAACCAGACGAGAACCAGAUGCACGGGUGUCUCGCGCAAAGACCACGCGCGCUGGGUUUUCCAUGCUGACAUCGAUUUCCUUGAUGAGCUCCUCGUAUACGUCGGCGAUAGUCUCCAUAGAUGCAUUGGCGAGUUUAGUCGCAUAAGCCUCCCACUCGGCCUGUCAUGGUGAGACCAUUGUUCUAAGUGAUGAUAAGUUGGGAGUUCAUUGAUCGUACCUCCAGCAUUUCACCCUAUAG